AUGGUGUCUUCACUUGUCUAUCCCGACUGUCCGACUGGAAACGGUCGUCAAAUCACACUUUCUGGUGUAGAUAUGGUAUUGGGAGCUAUCGAUAACGUCUUUAUUUAUCAUUUUCUUGAUACUGAUCAACUAAAACGUGCAAUCAGCCGCACGAUUUCUCGUUGGCCAAUUGUCGCUGGUCGUCUUCAUGUUACUGACAAUGAGCAUUAUUGGAUUGAACUGUCAGACAAUCCUAUCCCAUUGACAUAUACUGAAAAUGAAGAACUGGAACGAUGGCCUAUCCUUCCUGUUGUAGUUGACGAUCAGACAAUCCUAAAACCAUUUGUCGACUCUGUUCCAAGCGAACCCAAUCAAGACGAUCCACUUGUUCGAUUCAAAGUCACUCGUCUAAUUCGUAGCGGUGAAUACAUACUUGGUGUUUCUUUCUAUCAUAUGAUUGGUGACGCCGAUUCUAACGUUCACUUUCUGAACGAUCUUUCGUCUCUCUAUCAAAAUCUUGAGUCUCUACUACCAGGACCGAUUUUCGAACGGCAUUUGUGGAUCAAGAAAGAUGCUGACCUUACUAUCGACUAUUCUCUCAUGCCCCUCUUAAAACAAUUGCAAGAUGCUCGCAAGAGAGACGUCAUUAUGGCAGAUGUUCUUGAAGAGUACUCAACGACGGAUCCGUUGCACAUGGCCUUUUCUUCAGAUCAACUAAAAAUACUACGUAGUUUAGCUGCACAAGGACGUGAAGAUAUCACAAUUCAAGAUGCGCUUACUGCGUAUAUAAUUGUCACAUUUAACAAACAUGUCUUCGUUUCAGACAAGGAAUACAUCCGAAGAACGAAUACUCUAAUUAAUUAUCGAGGUAUAUCUGAUAAAUUAGCUCCUGACGGUCAAGUCGACAAUUCAAUUAUGUUCAUGUUAUCUGAUGACUUUGCUAAUCCACUUUCUUUAUCAAAUGUUGCGAAAACCAUACGAGCAUCGGUUGAAAAAGCUCGCAACGAAGACUUUCUUACACGAUGGCUUGUCACAGUCGAUUUGCUAAUGAGAAAAAUACAUAAAGAUGGUCAAGCGUGGAAUUUUGCAUCGUAUGCAAAUGAAGUUUGGACUAAUUCCAAUUUAAAAUAUGACUGGGCUAGCAAAGUUGACUUUGGUAUGAAAGAUCAAUGUCGAUUUCAUACAGCUGGCUCAAUGAAAUUUAAAUUUCGUGUUUUUCGAUUGAAUCCUGUUCAGAGUGCAGACAAUAGUUGGACUAGAGAUCAUGAUGGAGCUGAAGUAUCUUUUCGAAUUCCCAAAGGCGAUAUAAAGAAUAAGUUUAUUACAGCAUGGAAUAAUGAUGUCAAAGAGAAUUUUAUGAAUACUCAAUAA